UGCGCAUCGGAUGCAUGCUCACGAGCGCACCCCUGGCCAUCAGGAGUGCAGCAGCGAGCUUUGCUGCCUUCUCGACUGCUCUGCCUCGCUCCUUGACUGCACAGCGAGAAGCUGUAGCUGCCAAGCUCGGCAUCACACGAGCUCUGUCGACUUGCUCUUUGCGCUCUGACAUCGAUGACGAUGGCCGCUUCAUGUCUCGAUCGCCUGCUCGUGUGGGCACUCGCACGAGUCUGCAUGUACGAGAAAGGCGUAUGGCAUCCUUAUACAGUCACUAUGGCUUUGUGCGCCAAGGGAAAGGCAAAUCCAGGUUGGAUGUCGAGUCGCAGCGACUGGCUUCCAGCGCUGCAUCGAGAACAGAGCCCUAUCUGGGCGAGCUCGCUCCGUCCCAGAUCUCGCGGACUUGGGUACGCUAUGGCAACCUUGCGCCGACUCACUCCUGUCGUCCUAUAGCAGAGGCGGUGACUACAGCGCUCUCGGACAACGGAGACGCUUCACUAGAUCGUUUGGGUCCCCUGAUGCUCCUCGGCGCCGUUCUGGCCACCGAAUUAUCGAUUGGACAUCAAAUCCAACUCGAUCUCGAUGCAUCUCGUGCGCUUGUCGACGCGAUAGCCAGCAUACUGGACAAGCACGAUCCUGAAGCUCUACUCGGAGCAAGGCAGGAUGUCCAGCUCAGCUUGCUGCAUCUAUCUACACUUCGGCCAGAUCUGACAUCCCAUCCGGCGUACUCGUCUCUGCUAGAUGCUGUCUUUUGCGCAUCAGCUGCCGUCAGCCGUAAGCUCAUCAUCGGCCCGCUCGUCCUCUUUGCUCGUCUACUGGCUCAUUGGCAGGACGCCUUCAGCCUGCUAGAUUCGAACAGUCGCGCGCUCCAGCUAGUCGCCGCACAUCUUGAUUACUUUGAGCCUGCACUGCACCAGCAAGCUCAUCCUUCCUUGUUUGAGCGACAGUCUGCUCACGUACUCGAAGAUAUCUCUGCUGGUGAUAUAAUCGCUGCCAGUGAGCCCGAAGCACAGCGUUAUCUGGCGAGAGCGAUCUUGCUCUCGGUGCGGCACGACCAAACCGCUCUCGAUGCUGCCUUCAACAGCAUCUCGGAUGUGGUCCCCAGUGCUAUCGAGUCGGACCCUAAUGACAUCGACACCGCUGCCGCCGCGCCUUUACAACCCGACUCGGUACCAGAUGAGCGGGCGAACGAGCAAGCAAGGGACAUACCGGCAUCAAAUGUCUCGCCUUUCGGGUCGAUUCCAGCCAUCGAAGAGAGCCUACCGCUUACCCAAGUCCGUUCAAGCGCUGCGAGAGGUCGUGUGACAGCAUACGGCCGAUUGCUUACGCAGCUCUCGGCUUUCCCGAUUGCCUUUGCUCUCGUCGCGCUACAGCAGGGCCGCAUGGAGACUUGGGUCUUGCAGCUCACACUCGACAUUGCCCUUUGUCAUGCCAUUGCGAACGAGCAGUCCGAGUCUGCCUAUGAGAUGGCAAGGCAGCAGGAUCUCAUCCCCCUUUCUCGACCGACUUUUAUCGCUUAUCUGCGCUACUAUUCAGGUCGGGCCGAUGUUGAGCGUUUCGAAUCUGUCUGGCAAGACUUUGUACAGAGCAAUCAUCGACCAGAUGUUAUCGCAUACACCCUUUACGUCAGUCUUUAUGCCCGAAGACGAGACCCUGUUGCCGCCGCGCAAGUCAUCGAGACUAUGCGCAAGGGAGGCAUAAGGCCGGAUCGUUUCGUCUGGACAGCCCUCAUGGACGCACACAUCGCCGCAAAUAAUCUCAAGGAGGCAGACAACGUGUUCAACAUCAUGCGUCGGAGUACAGACGAAGCCGCACAGCCGGACGCAACCUCUUACAACUGUUUGCUGAAGGGCUACGUUGCCAUGGCCGUUCCUUAUGGCGUCGUCAGCAAGCAUUUCUAUGCUAUGCUUGAUGCAGGCUUGCCCCUCAAUGAGUUCACGUAUCUCCACCUCCUCACGUCGGCUUGCGAUGCUGGCUACGUGCAAGAGGCAAUCAGAGUCUUCAAUACCAUGUCGGUUCCGCGCGAUCCUAGGAUGCGCUCCAUCCGACCAAACGGGUACCACUACUCCAUGCUGAUCAAUUGCUUGCUACGUGCCAAUAGACUCGACCUUGCACAAGACUAUCUGGCGAGAAUGCGCGCCGAUGGCGUACUGCCGACAAGAGCGCAAAAAGCCAUUUUUGUCAGUUACUUCUCGCGCGAGAUGACGCCAGAAGGUCUCGAAGCGGCCUCACAGCUUACGCAGCAGAUUGCCAAGACUGACGCGCUGAAUGCCAGACCAUAUAGCGGUCGAAACGAAGCUCGUGAUUGGCACGUUCUCGUUACACCGCAGCUCAAGACGAUGGGUCAGCUCGGCAAGACAGAGGCGGCAGAAGAGCUCUAUCGUUUCGUUCAGCGUGCGGGGGUCGAGCCUUCUUUGCAGAUUGCGACAGCUAUGCUUGAUGUCUACCGUCGCGCGGGCAACCUCGAUGCCACGCUGGCAUUCUGGCCAGAAGUGAUUGAUACAGCAGUUAGAUCGUUCCCAGAAGUGCGAUCGGACUCGCUCGCUCCACGCGUGGCGGACGCGCAGCGAAGUGAUGUGUGCAUCUGUCUGUCGAUCAUCAUUCGUGCGCUCGGUCAAGCGGGCGAGAUGCAGACUCUCGUCGAGAUCUGUCUCAACUAUCGUGAUCUUGGCUUCGGUCUCGAUCCUAGCAACUUCAACGAUCUCUGUGUCGCACUAUCGCUAGCAGGCUGGCAUGUCAGAGCUUUCUUCGUUGCCGAAGAAUUGCUCUCGGUCGCCGGUACACGCGCUGCCAAGCUGUUCACCUCGGAGCGAAAGAAGCAGCGCUCCUUAGCAAUCAGUGACCGCAGAGCCGCUCGCUACGACAUGCGCAGACAACGUGCGAUGGCCUUGACGCCCGACAAACCGGACAAUGACGCUCUCACAGCAGGUGCAGCGCUCGACGAUUUUGACGCAGAUCUCGCAGUCGAUCGUCCUUCACGUCUGUCAAAGCGCGAAGGCGCUUUGUCUCAAGACAAGUCAGCAUCAACAUACGCCCUACAGGAAGGCCAUAUUGGCCUCAAGGACUUUACAGCCGACUUUCGAACGAUGGCCAGCCUGAGCGAGCGUCGCGACGCGCGCGAAUGGCGACUGUUCGACUACUCUCGCAUUUUGCUCACUCAAAGCUUAGAAGCAAUCGACGAGGACACAUUCCAGCUCAUCCUGCGAACGUGUCCGACGGUUCUGGCAGAUCUGAGUAAACGCUCGCCAGAUGAAGCCAACCCAUGAUACUCAUUGCAUGCUAUUGCUUACAACAUUUCAUGACAUCGUUUGCUAAAAGCUUUCACAUGCGAUUUGCGUGUGGAUAUGCAAAUUGUUGAUGAUCGGGCAAGCGAAUUGGCUGCUGUCUAUGCGCCUCGUCUGCUCGUCGGGUUUCGUCUGUUUGCGAUCUUGAGGCCCUGUCUGCUAAAGGCCAGAGAAAGUGCGGUGGGCGGCAGCAUACCCCCGA